UCUCCAAAAGGGAGCUUUUAUUUUUAUAGGUUUCUCGCUCUCUCUCGAUCUUUAUCUUUCCUUCUUUUCCAUAGUCAAGCCAUCCACUGAAAAAACACCCACAAUCGCACCUUCAAAAGCCUAAACACCUUCUCCCAAAUAAACCCUAACCAUGAAUAAUCCAACCACAAAUGUCAUCUCCAACUAUGCCUCUCACCCCCACCACCACAGAAACCCUAAUGUACCCGUCACCACCGUUUGUCGCCAUCCCUCACCCUCUCCUUCUGUGUUUAUUACUAAAUAAUCAUCACCACCACCACCACCACAUGUUUGAAAAAUGGUUUUCAGAUCUAGAUGAAGAUGAACCUAAAGGGAAUGAAAAAGGAUUUGAAUAAGGGAUAUCAAAUUGCAUCAGGUAGCAGAUCUCCGUUAGGAGAUGACAAUGAGAUUAUUUUGGGCGCUGAUCAUCACGAAAUUAAAUUGUUACAACAACUUAAAAGCAUCUGAUAUGUUUGUGGCUAUGGGAAAGAGUUACAGAAUGAUGGAAUGGAUGGUUAGGAUUAUCAACGAAUAGCUUAGUUUCUUCUAAAUUGUCAUUGGUGCACAUAAGAAAAGAGGCAUUCAUGCUACAGGAUCUCUGGUGGUGAUAACAUUAAAAAGAGAAAGAUUUGCGGGUAUCCUAAAGAGUU